UAAAAAGAGUGGACUUCGUCACUGCGGGAGACACCAAGAUAAAGGCUUAUGUAACCCUGACUUAAAGAAACAGGAUCUUUGCACUCACCCUUUGAUUUUGUGCGUUAGCGCUUUCUUUUGGAAUCCCAUUCAUCCACGCUGAACUCCGGCAUCUUGCGUCUACUGUCUCGCACGCUUGCUGUGCUGCAGUAUCACACAUGGCUAAUGAAUCAAGACCCUGUCCAUGUGAUAUUGGAGACAGGUUUGACUAUGGAGGCCGUGGGCAGGAGGUACAAGUUGAGCACAUCAAGGCAUACGUUUGCAAACCAUCUGCCAGCACAGACAAAGCCGUGAUUGUGAUUCAUGAUAUAUUUGGAUGGCAACUCCCAAACACCAGAUACAUAGCUGAUAUGCUAACAACUAAUGGAUACAUAGCCAUCUGCCCAGAUUUUUUUGUGGGACAAGGAGCUUGGAAACCUUCUAAUGACUGGGGGACUUUCGAUGAAUGGGUGAAAACCCGAAAUGCCGGCAAAAUAGACAAAGAAGUUGAUGUCGUCCUCAAGUAUCUAAGGGACCAAUGUGGUGCAAAGAAGAUUGGUGUCAUUGGGUUUUGCUGGGGUGGAGCAGCUGUGCAACAUCUGAUGCUGAAAAAUCCUCAUUUAAAGGCAGGGGUGUCCCUCUAUGGAGUGAUCAGGCGUUUUGAUGACAAAUCUAAUUUGCUGCAUCCUACUUUCUUCAUUUUUGGUGAAAAGGAUGACAUCGUUCCAUUGGAGCAGGUCACCUCACUGGAGCAGAAGCUUAAACAAAACUGUAAAGUUGAUUAUGAAGUUAAAAUUUACCCUGGACAGACACAUGGGUUUGUGCAUCGCAAAAGAGAAGAUAUCAAUCCUCAAGAUAAACCUUUUAUUGAGGAAGGAAGAAAGGAUAUGAUCAACUGGCUGAAUAAAUAUCUUUAGCUUAAAUUAAUGCCCAUAAACAAAAUCAAUUCUACUAGAAAAUCAGGACAUAAUAAAGACUGUAUUGCUUAAAAUGUUCUUACAAACAUAAAAACUUUUUAUAAAACUCUUCUUCAGUAAUACUACUUAUUUGCACUUACCUUCUAAGUAAGAGGCUUAGAAAUGGCUUUUCAAAUGCUGAAAGCUAUAAAUGUAAGAAAUAUUUUGAAAAUUAAUCUUGCAUAUCUUAAAAUUAUUAGAAUCUCAUGUGGCAUAUUCUAUGGCAUCUGAAAGUUUCAUUUUUUUUAUAUCAAUGUCAGCAUGAUUAAAAGUCAUUGAAUGUCUGUCCAUGCUUGAGAAA